UUUAUAUAGUCGUGAAAGUACUGUUCCUGAGAUCGCCGUUCUCAUACACACCCACCCCACCGAUUAUUAUCGCUCCGCCCCUUAGGGAGUAAAGGUUCAGAAGGACAAAGGUCACUAGUCACAAGACUACACAGAUCUAACAAAUCUACAACGAGUUCCGGAGGUAUUAUAAAGUUAACGUCCUGAUUUGCCGCACGUGGUAAGUUUCACUAUGGCAGGAAUCACUGUUCCAAGCGUGGAACUGACAGGAGGAGUCAAGUUCCCCAUGAUCGGGUUCGGGACAUGGCAGUCCGCUCCUGAGGUAGUAGGGAACGCCGUGAGGACCGCCCUAGACGCGGGGUACCGUCACAUCGACUGUGCCUGGAACUACUUCAACGAGAAGGAGGUGGGACAGGCCAUCAGGGACAAGAUCGCGGAGGGGAAGGUCAAGAGAGAGGACGUCUUCGUCACCACCAAACUGUGGUGCACUUUCCACCGGCCAGAGGACGUGAAGCGAGGGUUUCAGGAGAGCCUGAAAGACCUCGGACUGGACUACAUAGACCUGUUUCUGAUACACGGACCACCUGCCUUCAAGCCCGGACCGAAGUGGCUUGCUACUGAUGACAGCGAUUUUGACGACACGGACUAUGUGGACACGUUCAAGGCGAUGGAGUCCCUUGUUGAUGAGGGUUUGUGCAGGGCGAUCGGCGUGUCCAACUUCAACCCCCAGCAGCUAGAGCGGGUACUGCAGGACUGCCGCAUCAAACCCGCCGUCAAUCAGGUGGAGCUCCACCCCUACCUGGUGCAACAGCAGCUUGUGGACUACUGCAAGUCCAAGGGCGUGGUCAUCACUGCCUACAGCCCGCUGGGGUCACCCGGCAGAGACUUCGCCCAGCCAGGGGAGGCCAGGGUUCUGGAGGACCCUGUCGUCCUGGACAUCGCUAAGAACCACGGGAAGACACCUGCACAGGUCCUGCUGCGCUAUCACUUGGAUCGCGGGAUUGUCAUCAUCCCGAAAAGUGUGACCCCGAGUAGGAUCAAGGAAAACCUACAGGUUCUUGACUUCUCGCUAACCAGUGACGACAUCAAGAAACUGAACAGCCUCGACCGGAAUAACCGCUACGUUGACUGGUCAUUCUGCAAGACCCACAAGUAUUUCCCCUUCCAUGACUCAGCAUAAUCGUGGAGGUAUAAUCAACCGCGGUAGAUUUGACCACGAACUAAAGGGUCAUCUCUUCUACACUGAGCUGAUACGUCACCCGUACUGAAGAAACCAACGUGCAAUGCUGAUGUCUUACCUCUACAGAUGCAUAUGGUUAACAUUGUCGAAUAUUGACUGGAACAAAUCAAGAUACAAACUGUAUAAGAUUCUUUCUCUGCAGUACGUGUAAUGUGCACGUGUGGUGAACGAUAUCAGCAAUUCGCAAUCGCUGUCUGUGCACAGCGUGUGUUUUACUGUUGCAAUCCGAAUAAACUAAA